GGUAGUAAAGUUCACAGAACAAAGGUCAACAAGAUGGUCGACGCAGGACCUGUUUUUGUUGCAUGGUAAAAGCAUUUCGUAGGAAACGAUCCAUACCUGACGCAUAGCCGAGAUAUUUGUGAAAUUCCGGACGAUGGCGACUACGAGUAACACGAUAAGUGAGGACGUUAAGCGGCUGAUUGCCCUAUACGAACUGACACCACAUCCUGAGUGCCGUGGAUGGUUCAGAGAGACAUACCGCUCUGAUGUACAGGUGGAGGCCACGGCGGAGGGAUUUGAUGGAAAGCGCUCCGUCCUCACGAUGAUUUACUACCUCAUGCAAGGCGGGCAGUCGGUACUCUUCCACCGAGUCAAAUCAGACGAACAUUUUGUUCACAAUCUCGGAGGAUGUAUGAAGAUCCACAUGAUUCUCCCGGAUGGCUCGUACAACUGCAGCAUUCUGGGUAAUCCUCUCCAACACCCGGAAGCGCGUCAUCAGGUUGUGGUUCCGCGUAGGGCGUGGUUCGCGCAGGAAGUGGAGGACCCGGAUGUAUACUGCCUCGCUUCCAUUCCUGUGGCUCCAGGUUUCGACUUCAAAGACUUCAGCAUGGGAAACAGAGGCGAUCUGAUCAAGGAGUACCCUCAACACCGUGACGUCAUCAUGAAAUUAACCCCGAAUGAUAAUUGAUAGAAUUUAGGCAAGCCUCUAAAUGUUUCCUAUUUCUCAUCAACCGUUAUUCAGUUGUAAACUUGUAAUUUUUUAUUCACAUUUACAGAGUAGCUUCAUUUUUUAUUUCCGUUGUGAUCUUGAAAGCAAUAAAACUUGUAGAAAUCGGU